UACCUCAUGUGACGUCAUCUUACUCCAGUUGCAGCAGAGUCCCCGGGAGGUGUUGCUUGGCUUCAGUCUCUACACUAACCUGAGGAAGGUGUUCACGUAUGAUAACCAAUCCGGUGCCGACCUUAUUACCUGUCUUCCAGCCCUCAGGGUGUUGACUAUGUGCUGGAUCAUCAUUUGUCAUCAAUACGAGGCGAACUUUGACUUCCUCGCUAACACUUUUGACUCUCUGAGGUACCAGGACCCAGUCAUAAGCCAGGUGGUGACCAAUGGGUGGCUGUCAGUGGACCAUUCCUCUUCAUGACCGGCCUCGUCCUUACCUACCGUCUGCUGCCCACCAUCACCUCCCACCGCCCCGCCACCCAGCUCUUACUCUUCUGCACGGCCUUCCUCAGGAGAUUUUUCAGAUUAGCGCCCACCAUAUUCUGCGUCUCCCUCUUCUGUGCCUCCCUCCUGCGCUUCCUGGCCUACGGACCCCGCGCCCAGGUCCUGCGCAGUUUCAGCCAGGAUCAGUGCGCAGAUCAUUGGUGGAAGGAUCCGCUAUUCGUCAAUAACUUUAUCCUGGGCGAGAAUAAAGGCUUUAACGUUAAUGAUUGUCUGGACAACUGCUGGUACACGGCGGUGGAUAUGCAACUACUUCUAAUACUACCUGUACUACUGAUGCCCAUCGCCUACUUCGGGUUUGUAGGGUUGGUGAGCUUGAGCUUGGUGACGCUGCUGGCUAUCCUGGUGCCCCUGAUUAUCACCAUCGUCUACAACCUCCCUCCUUCACCACUCCACUACAUACCGUCACAUACACAGUUCGAGUACAUGUGGCGAGUGUACUUGGUGCCGUGGUGUCGUGCCGGGCCGUGGUUGGUGGGCGUGUGGUGCGCCUUCCUCCUGCGCCAACCUACCGUGUCUAGAGUCAAGAUCUCCAAGGUGAUAGUGGUGUUAGGUUACGUAGCUGCCGUGUCGCUAGGGUUGAUACUGGUGUUAGGACUCUACCCGUAUAACCACGUGUUUCCGGACGAGAAGUACAUCAACUACCCAACCAUGUCAGCCGUGUACGGAGCCCUGGCCAGGCCUGUGUGGGGGCUGUGUGUUGCUUGGGUCGUGUUUACCUGCCAUACUGGUAACGCUGAUAUGGUGGACCGGAUCUUGUCGUACCCUGGGUGGCGACCACUGGCCCGCCUCACCUUCUGUAUGUACCUGGUGGCCCCAGUGGUCCAGUUGUGGUGGUCCAGCGUUCAGUACGUCCCUAACUACUACAACUAUCUCAACAAGUUGUUUGAGAGCGCGGGCGUGAUGUUCAUCGCGGGCGUGGUCAGCAUCCUGUUGACCUGCAUCAUUGAGCUGCCCGUCAACUUUGUCUUUGACCUGUUCAUACCCUCUUCAGCCAAGAAGCAGGAGCGGAUGGUCAAGAUGGUGACUCCAAGCAAGGUCUCUCAUGAUAUUUGACCCCCUGGCCCUCAAUGACCUCCUCCUGGCCUCUUGGUCUCUUCCUGUCCCUCACUGACCUCCUCCUGGCCCUCACUGACCUCCUCCUGGCCCUCAAUAGCCUCCCCUGGCCCUCACUGACCUCCUCCUGGCCCUCACUGACCUCCCCUGGCCCUCACUGACCUCCUCCUGACCUCCCCCUGGCCCUCACUGGCUCAGGUCACACCGACGCACAAUGGGAAGAAUCGACACUGAAAAUUAUAUGCAGUGAAACCUCCUUUAAACGGACUAUAUGAGAUUAGUCUAUUAUAUCAAAGUCCGUUAUAUAUGAAACCUCCUUCUAACGGACUAUAUGAGAGAGGGUAGUCCGUUUUAUGGAGGUUUUACUGUGUUAUAAACCAGGCUGACGUCAUCAUUAUUCCUGUAUUGUAUUAGUACAGGCACCAGAAGGUCACCAAUCACUGUAGUUUAUGUGUUAUUUACUACAGUACGUCAACACUGGUAUUUAUAUUGUAAUUUACAGACACAAAUCACCAUUGUAAUUUAUGUAGUAUUAAAGACAGAGGUGUGUGUGUGUGUGUGUGUGUGUGUGUGUGUGUGUGUGUGUGUGUUUUCCUUAAGUGAUUAUCAUCAGUUAUGUUCUUUGCUUCGUUUUAUUUAUUCCUGAUGUUUUCUUUUUCGACUUUUAUACAAUUUGUCAACUCGCGAAAUUAUCUCAGAAUCACCAAAUUAUCUCAGAAUCACCCAAUAUGUGUUUGAUAAUAUUAGCGUUUCUUGUAUUUUGAAAAGUUUAGCUAACUAUGACAGUCCAUGAUUGUAUUUGUAAGGAUGUAUAAUAAAAACAAUGUGUGUAUAAUUAUGUACUGUAUAUGACGAUAAGAAAUGUAUACAUG